GCUUUGCUUCAAGCGGGUGAUAUCAAUCGUGUUGUGAUGCCAAAAGAAAAAUCUAUAAAUAAUACUAUAUAAAGUCUCUGAUUGAUUAUAUAAUAAAAAUUAUAUCAAUGACAAAUUUUGUUAUACUUAGUAGUAUAAUUAUGACUGAAUAAAUAGUCAAUGAAAAAUCUUACAGGGUGAUGGAUCAUAUAAAUAUGAUACAGUACACUACAAAUAUAUAUAAAGUGCUAUAUAUAAGUAUUUAAAAAAUAUUUCAUAUAUUAUUGUUUACUUUUAGAUAUAAGAGUUUGCCAAAUGGUGAAUCUCUCUCCAAUGAUGCCCUAAAAAAAGAGAUAUCUACUUUGAUGGAGAAAUAUAGUACUAGAGCUGGAACAUUGCAGAAUAUGGGAUCAACACAGGGAAACGAAAAUUUCAACCAGAUUGUGGCAAGCAAAGCCCCAAAGUCACGGUUUUAUGGUGGAUCAUCAUCAUUAAGCAAUAGGUUAUCUGCCUCAGUAUUACAGAAGAAUGAAGGCUAUACAUGGCUGUCAAAGGUAAAUGAGGCUUCUUUAUUGUCUCCAGGACAACAUACACUGAGAAUUGGUAAAAGAAUGGACAAGAAAUUGAAAAGAGAAAGAGAAAGGCAAAAUACCAAAGAAUUUAAAAGAAGGCGUAUUCAAUUGAAAAAACAAAAGAAGAAAUCUGAGUUUAGGUCAAAGGUAAAAGAAGGCACAACUUAUGAAAACAAUGCAGAAGUUAAUGAACCUAUGCCAGAUAUCCAGGAAAUACCCUCACCAUUAACCAUAAAUGAGUCUGACAACUUUGUAUUUUUUGAUUUGGAAACUACUGGUUUGUCAAGGAAUAGUGACAUAACUCAAAUUGCUGCAGCCUGUGGUUCAAAUACAUUUCAACGUUAUGUUAUUCCAAGAACGGAAAUUACUCAAGAAGCAAGUACGAUAACUGGUAUAACAUUUUUACAUUCUUCAAACAAAAUGUAUGUAAAUGGAACAAUAGUUGAAACAUGUUCUGCUGAGCAGUCAUUGCUAGAUUUCAUUGAUUUUUUAAAACUUAAUGACAGACCUAUAUUAGUUGGACAUAAUAUUGCUAAUUUUGAUAUGUUGGUGUUAGAGAAUAGAUUGAAGGAAUUCCAUUUGUUUUCAACUUUUUCUGCUUGUGCAAAAGGAUUUAUUGACACCUUAAAAGUUUCUAAACGUGUAAUUCCAAAACAUGAAGUAGAAAAUUACAAGCAACAGACUCUUGUAAAUGAAAUUUUACAGUCGACUUACAGUGCACAUAAUGCAAAAGAAGAUGUUCUUUCGUUGAAAAAACUUUUUGAGGUUAAGCUUCAGGAAAAAUGUAUCAAUGAAGAUGUUUACAAUCUGAACUAUAACCAUGCAAAGAUAUCAUUUAAACCUUUAAUUGAUAUGAAAAUUAUAAAUACAUUGAUAUGUUCAAAAUUGGCAAGAAGUGGAGUCCAUUUGUGUCAUUUAAAGAUUGCAAAUGCUAGAGAUGAGAAUGGAGUAAAAGCUAUUUUGACAGAGAAUCAUGUGAGCGCUAAAUAUGCUGGACCUAUCAUUCAGUUUUUGACAGUACCAGAGGAGUAAACAAUAUUAUAUAUGUUAUAACUUGUUAUGUUGCUACAAAUUAGAGUUUUGAUGAUAUAUAGGUUUUUUUUUCCUAUCAUUUAAGGCCAACUAAAAUUAAUUAGUAGAUUUUCAUCCAGAUUUUUUUUUAAAAUGGGGCGGGUGGGAGGAUUUUAUUUUUUAUUUUUUAUUUCCUUCUAUACCCCUUUGUGACGUGUUGUUUAUAUACAAGGGUAAUAAUAAGCUUAUAUCAUGUAUAUAUAAGG